GUUUUCUCCUCCUUUCAAUGUAAGAUGGUGGUUUGUGGUGUAAGUAGGUAGCCAGCACCUUUAUAAUCUGAGAGAAAAGGCCGGUUGUCCCGAGAGGACAGCCGCUACAGAGUCCCACAGACGGCAGCUCGCUGUGACGGAGCUACUGUCCCAUCCAGGAAGACUUUUCCCUCCACAUCCUACACAGGAAUUUCCAAUAACAGAGAGGCAGGGAUCCAGUGCAGCUGUCCUGUGAAAGCUGUCCAGUCCAGCAGUGUGUUAUCGUAGGAUGUCCCGAAAUCCUGAGCUGAAGGACGACCCGAUGGAGUGCCCGCUGUGUAUGGAACCGCUGGAGAUCGAUGACGUCAACUUCUUCCCCUGCACCUGUGGAUACCAGAUCUGUCGCUUCUGCUGGCAUCGAAUCCGGACGGACGAGAACGGUCUCUGUCCUGCCUGCAGAAAGCCCUACCCAGAAGACCCAGCAGUGUACAAGCCUCUGUCACAGGAGGAGCUGCAGAGGAUAAAGAAUGAGAAGAAGCAGAAGCAGAACGAGAAGAAGCAGAAGAUCACAGAGAACAGAAAACACCUGGCGAGUGUCCGAGUGGUCCAGAGAAACCUUGUGUUUGUAGUGGGGCUGUCUCAGAGGCUGGCUGACCCGGAGGUUCUAAAGAGGCCAGAAUAUUUUGGGAAAUUUGGGAAGAUCCACAAAGUUGUGAUCAACAACAGCACAUCAUACGCUGGCUCACAGGGGCCCAGUGCCAGUGCCUACGUCACAUAUAUUCGCUCUGAAGACGCUCUCAGAGCCAUCCAGUGUGUCAACAAUGUAGUGGUCGAUGGCAGAACACUCAAGGCUUCUUUAGGAACAACAAAAUACUGCAGUUACUUUUUAAAGAGCAUGCAGUGCCCCAAACCUGACUGCAUGUAUCUGCACGAGCUGGGAGACGAAGCUGCCAGUUUCACUAAAGAAGAGAUGCAGGCAGGAAAGCAUCAGGAGUAUGAGCAGAAAUUACUACAAGACCUCUACAAAAUGAACCCAACCUUCCUGCAGACCACUGCUGUGUCAGGAGACAAGCCAAAGGGCAAAGCCAGCUCUUUACAGAGGUCUAACAGCUCCAGUAAAGACGGGAAGAUGACCAACGGUCUGUCAUCAGAACACAGGAGGAGUCCACCAUUAAAUGGCUCUGACUCUGAACACUUGUCCCCUGAGGGACCCGAGCUUGACCUCAGCCUUGGCCCUGUACUGGCGCUCACACCUUUCUCCUCAAACCGGGACCUCGCCAGCCCCAGCAUCAAACUGACAGACGUCAUCAGCAAUGGUGAAACCUCACAGCUGCUCCCUGGCAGUGACUCACCGUCACCCCCUCCUGGCCUCAGUAAGCCCAGCCUGGUGGUUCCCAUCAGUGUGACAGGCCACACAGCUCGCUCCCCAUUCGAGGUGGCCUCUGCAGACUCCCAGUCGCUGUUCUCAGACAACAGUAACUUCAGGCAUCCCAACCCGCUCCCCAGCGGACUGAGCGGCUUCCCCAGCUCCCCACAGAGCAACGCUGACUGGCCCACAGCACCCGAGCCACAGAGCCUCUUCACCUCAGAUACCAUGCCGGUGUCGUCGUCCACAGACUGGCAGGCGGCGUUCGGCUUUGGCUCGUCCAAACAGCAGCAGGAGGACGACCUGGGCUUCGACCCGUUUGACAUCACUCGCAGGGCUCUGGCCGACCUCAUAGAGAAGGAGCUCUCGGUGGAAGACGGCCUCGGCUCCUCGCUGUCGCCUGGCCCUUUCUCCCACAGAACACACGGACCCCUGCUAAACAAAGGCUUUGGGCCCCCAGGAGCACUCCCCACCCAUCUGCCACCCUCUCACCACUUCUCCCAGCAUCCUCACAGGGGAGACUACAGCUCCUUUAGCUUCCCCGCUCACCCUUCAUCAUCAUCAUCUUCAUCCUCCUCCUCUUCCUCCUCCUCGUCCUCCUCCUCGUCAGCAUCUUGUGGCUCCUGGAUGGGUUCCACGUCGUCACGUAGUAACUUUGUGCAUUUGAACCACACAGUCAAAUCACACAGCAGCUUCUUGGACUUGACAGUGCUGCCAGGACGUCACAGUACCGGGCUCGGAGGAAUCCCCAUCACAGAAAACAACAUUAGCGGAGAGAGUAUAAAAGUGAAAGAGUGGCAGGACGGCCUCAGAGCGCUCUUACCCAACAUCAACAUCAACUUUGGAGGACUGCCCAACUCCUCGUCUUCCUCAUCGUCAUCCUCCUCCUCAUCUAGCAUCAACCACACAGGGGCACCGGGGCUUUCAGGGGGUGUUUCUCACAGCUUCUGCUGGGACAGCACAUCCAGGUGGAUGGACCCAGCCAUCAUCACAGGGGUCCCGACCUCCAGUGGCAACGGUGUAGACUCUAAUCAAGACGACAAUCCUCCACACUGGCUCAAGUCCUUGCAGGCGCUCACAGAAAUGGACGCCCCGUCCAGCUCCGCCUCACAGAAUGGCUCCUUUGGGAGCCAGCCUCCCCCCCACAGAGCUGGCUGGGUGCACUACCCGGCCCCCAGCAGCCACUUCCACUCCCCACCACCAGGCUUUCAGACAGCCUUCAGACCCCCAACACAGACCACGACAGACCUGCUACAGAGCGCCGGCAUCGACCGCCAUUAGGGACUGUUAAAACAAACACACACACACGCACACAUGUCACCACCUGGAACCACACUGAAUCAGCAGAAACAAAGCUAUUAACUACAAUAAAAUAAUAUAAUAUUUUAAUUUCUUC